AUAUAUACACUAUAUUGUCAAACGUAUUGGGACACCCCUCCAAAUCAUUGGUUUCUGGUGUUCAAAUCACCUUCAUGGCCACGGGUGUAUAAAAUAAAGCACCUAGGCAUGUAUACACACAUUUGUGAAAGAAUGAGUCGCUCUCAAGAGCUCAGUGGAUUCAAGCGUGGUACCGUGAUAGGUUGUCACCUGUGCAAUAAAUCCAUCCGUGAAAUUUCCGUGCUACUAAAUAUUCCACCAUCAACUGUUAGUGGUAUUAUAACAAAGUGGAAGCAACUGGAAACAACAGCAACUCAGCCACAAAGUGGUAGGCUAGGCAAAAUGACAGAGUAUUGUGGGCGCAUGCUGAAGCCCACAGUGAGCAGAAGUCAUCAUCUGUCUGCAAAGUCAAUGGCUAAAGACCUCCAUUCUUCGUGUGGCCUUCAGAUUAGCACAACAACAGUGCUUAGAGAGUGUCAUGGAAUGGGUUUCCAUGGCCGAGCAGCUGCAUCCAAGCCUUACAUUAUCAAGUGCAACGCAAAGUGUCAGAUGCAGUGGUGUAAAGCCCACCACCACUGGACUGAGAAUGGUACUUGCCUGACUGCAUUGUGCCGAGUGUAAAGUUU